GCCGUAAUUGGGUUGGGUUGUAAAAUCGUCAUAAACCGCCCAACCCAACCCGUGCUCACCCCUAAUAAUAAGUUGACAAGUGAAUUUGUAGAAAAGUAUAAGUUGUUUCAAAUAAGCAUUCCCAAACACCCCCUAGAAUCUAGUCGAAUCUUUCUUUUUUGUUUGAUCAUACUUGCUUUUUUUUUGUUUGUACUGUUAAAGAUUUGCUUAUCCCUUUUGUGACUUCAUUACAAUGAUCUUCUGACUGUAUGAAUAUGAAAAAGAAAGAUUAGAAUGAGCACAAGGAUGAUGGCUUAUGGUGUAGUGUUCUGAAGAUCGUUUUUUAAGUUGCAACUACUAACUAUAUAAGUUGCUUAUCGUGAUUGUGUUCAAUCUUGCAGUGACAGCUGUCUUGACGAUGGCGACUUUAAUUUCUCAAAAUGCGGCUGUUAAAGAUAGAGUUAAGAAGAUCAAAAGGAAGGCUCUUGACGAGUCUUUGCAGUUGGAUGUGGUGCAAGAGAUGGAAAAUUCAAAAGAUUUGGAUGUAGUGAAGCCUAAAAAGAAAAAGAAAGAGCUCAUAGAGAACAAACAAGCUGAAAUUGAGCAAGAAAUGGAGAUGAAGAAGCUGGAAAACGCCUUGUUUGGCUCUUUGCAUCCAGUUGAGUUUGGGAAAGACAAUGACGGAAAUGAGGAUUCUGCUUUGUUCUUUACUGAUCGUUCAGCCAAUAGCGUGUUGUCUGUUUAUGAAGAGGAUGGAAUAAUAGUUGGUACAGAUGAACAGAUCCAACGGAAACCUGUAUGGGUUGAUGAAGAGGAAGAAAAGACCAACAUAAAUAUUGCUAAAGUCAACAGGCUGAGGAAGAUACGACAGGAAGAGGAUGAGACCUUAAUAUCGGGUUCUGAAUAUGUAUCAAGACUGAGGGCUCAGCACGUUAAGAUGAACCCAAGCACAGAAUGGGCUCGACAAGACCGGAACUACAAUUCSGACGAGGACAGCGAUCAAGAAAAUGGAGAUGUUGAUAGUAUUCUUCAGACUACCCAAGAUCUCGUUGUGAAGAGCAGUGCAAAGUUGUUGCCGGGAUUACUGGAGUAUUCGAGAUUGGUUGACGCAAAUGCACAAGACCCUUCGAGUGGUCCGAUUAAUUCGGUACAGUUUCAUAGAAAUGGGCAGUUGCUCCUUACUGGUGGAUUAGACAAAAAGUUGAGGUUUUUUCAGAUAGAUGGAAAAAGGAACACGAAAAUCCAAACCAUCUUUGUGGAUGAUUGUCCAAUCAGAAAGGCAUCCUUCACACCGGAUGGUUCGCAGGUUAUYCUAUCGGGAAGGAGAAAGUUCUUYUACAGCUUCGAUUUAGUUAAGGCGAAGAUGGAUAAAAUCGGUCCGUUGGUUGGCAGGGACGAGAAGAGCUUAGAAACUUUUGAGAUUUCACCUGAUUCCAACACAAUUGCUUUUCUUGGCAAUGAAGGGUACAUCUUAUUGGUCUCAUCCAAAACRAAAGAAUUGAUAGGAACUCUCAAGAUGAACGGAACUGCACGAGCUCUAGCAUUCACGAACGGGGGGCAACAGUUAAUGAGCACUGGUGGCGAUGGGCAGAUCUACCAUUGGGAUCUUAGAACAAUGACCUGCUUCCAUAAGGGUGUCGAUGAUGGCUGUAUAACUGGUACUGCACUUGGUUCUUCCCCAAAUGGAAACAUCUUUGCAGCAGGUUCUGAUAGCGGGAUUGUAAACAUAUAUAACCGGGAUGAGUUUUUAGGGGGAAACAAAAAACCCAUAAAAACCAUCGAGAACUUGACCACAAAAGUAGAUUUCAUGAGGUUUAACAGUGAUGCACAAAUCUUAGCCAUUUGUUCAAGCAUGAAGAAGAACAGCAUGAAGCUGGUGCAUAUCCCUUCCUUCACGGUUUUCUCUAACUGGCCGCCAUCAAAUAGGACACUGCAGUAUCCUCGGUGUUUGGAUUUCAGCCCCGGUGGAGGUAUGAUGGCRAUGGGCAAUGCCGCUGGUCAUGUAUUACUCUACAAGUUGAAUCAUUAUCAACAUGCAUAGAGACUCGAGGUGAGCUAGAAUCAUCAUGUGUGGAGGAGGCACCAUUAGCAAGACAGCAAGUGACAAAUCCCCCAUCGAUAAAUUGUGGGUCGUCUAGUGAUCAAGCAGCGUCGAAGAACUAUAUAUUCUCGAAUGCUUUAUCGAGCCCUGUUCGUCGCAGCCUUCAGAACUAUCACAUAUCCAGCCAGGUGGAAAAUCAGAUUCUUGAUUCUUCAAUGGACAUGCAUGCAGAUCAUGAUUAACAACUACUUUUCACUUCCUUCUGCAAUCCAAGAAAGAAGUUAUAUUCUUCAUGUUAUUUGUAAACUACCUUUUGGAUUCUUACUCUUUCAUCUUUUAUGAUUCAAAUCAUGCCCUUUUCCUCACCUA